AUGACCGUGACUCACCUUUCGCAAGACGCCCAUGCAUCCGGAAUGAUCGCGAGCCAUAUAACGGCCAAGAGACGAACCGCGCCCCUCCUUCAUCUGUCUGGCGCGUACUCCUACUACGGCCUCUUGCGCGCCGGCGAAGGGAACAUGGCUGUCGGAAUGAGCAAUAGUCGUCACGCCGCGGACGAGGAGGCCCGUGCCGAGGUCGAUGUAUUGAAUUCGCGAUUGGAAAAGACGACGCAAUUGACCAAGAAGAUUCAAGCCUGUCUGGGGAGGUUGGAAACCACUGGGAAGAGUGUGCGCGACGUGUCGGGUCCCCUUACCGGCGAGACAAAGAAGCUACAAAUCCUGGGGAACAGUAAGAACACCGACAAGCCCGACUUUGGAGCCACUGAUGCUGACGUCGCGACCUUACUAGACAUCGAUGGGGUAAUAGCGGCCAUCGAGCGACUCCGUCAGCCUGCCGACUCCAAGAACGAUGAAGAGAACAUCAUCCGACAGGGUCCUGAGAAGGCCGGGUUGUCCAACUACCUCAACUCCAUCAAAAGGCUCAACAAGGCUCUCGAGAAUAUGAAGACUUCAAAUCUGCGCUCGAAUCAGCAGACCAUGACAGACCUUCAGCGAAUGAUCAAGACCGGACACACCCAACUCGAAAACUCCUUCGACAAGCUGCUGCGAGGCGAGACGCCACGAUCCAUCGAACCGCUGAGCUUCAUUACAAAGGACAAGCCAUUUCCUCUAGUGACCCAGGACAGUAUAACCAAGCUGAGCCUGAUGAAUUCCUACGUCUCUGGCAACACUUCUUCCGAAAACCCCUUGAUCAAGAUAUAUGCAGAUGUCCGAGGACCCUACUUAUCGCAGAGCUUGGUGAACUCGGCUUACGCAAGCGUCAAUACGGUCAAGAAGAAGAGCGCUGAUGCCAUCUACCGGGCGGGAGAUAACGGCAUUAGUAUGUAUGCCAAGUCUAUGGAGGGUCUAUUCGUGGCCGAGUAUGACAACAUCUGCAGUAUCUUCAUGCGGCAAGAUUGGGGGCCGGCUUUCCAGAUCGUUUGCCAGGCUCCGCUAGCUGAGCUGGCGCGAACCAUCAGGGAGCUGAACAACCACAUCAAGCAACAUCUUAAUACGGACUGUUAUCUUGCAUACGAGGUAACGGAAGUAAUGUCUAAUCUGUCCAACAACAUCGAGACCCGAACGGGCGAGCUCAAGUCUUCGCUGGCCGCCGCACUCAAACCAGUGCGUGAGACCGGCAAAUUAUCAUUGGGCGAGCUGCUUGACGACACGAAGCGAAAGGUGGCGUCGAUACAAGUUCUCCCACCAGACGGAUCUCCAAUGCCUGUGGUUUCAGACACAAUGCGACGUUUGCAAACCAUGGUUGAUUUCCUGCGACCAAUAUCGAGUAUUAUGAUAUCGCUGGGCGACGGUGGCUGGAAGUCGGCAGCGAACAUCAGUAUGGACGCAAUUCCGAGCUUAGCAUCGUUCGAUGUCGGUGCAGAUGGGAAGGAGAUCUUCGCACACUACUGUACCGACACCAUUGACUCGCUGAUGGUGGCACUCGAGGGGAAGGCAAGGGUCCUCCUCAAGGCCAAGUCGGUCCUUGGGGUCUUCCUCGCCAACAACGUCACCAUCGUCGAACGCAUGAUCACGAAUUCCGACCUCAAGCCGCUUCUGGAAGGCAGACUGGCUUCAAUGGACGCAUGGCGCAAGAAAGCGAAAGCCUUCUACACCGAGUCUUGCAGAGACGUGUCGAUGCAUCUGUUCGACGUGAUAAAAACGAACAAAUCGCAGCGACCGCCUUCAGGUUCGAAUGAGUCCGCCUCGAUUCUCAAGGGGCUCAGCACCAAGGACAAGGACAGCAUCAAGGCCAAAUUCCUGACCUUCAACACGGAAUUCGACGCUCUUGUGGCUCGACACAAGACAUACAGCAUGGAACGCGAAGUCAGACAAAUGUUUGCGAAGGACAUGCAGCAAAUGCUCGAGCCUCUCUACAACCGUUUCUGGGACCGGUAUCAUGAGAUAGACAAGGGCAGGGGCAAAUACGUCAAAUACGACAAGUCGUCUAUUGCUGCCGUCUUCCUGUCUCUGUAUUGA